AAGACGGAGUUUGAAGAGACUUGGCUCUGUUCGUCACUCGAGCUCCGAGGCGCCGAGUCUCUGAGUGAUUUUCGGAAUUCGUCGACCGCGAAGGCGACAGUGGUUGCCGGAGACCCGGUGUCUUCGAGCGCUCAAAUUCUCGCUGUUCCCGAAGUGGAUAUACUUACCUAAGGCCGCAUCAUCGACCGAUAUCCACAACGUCGGAUCGCACUGAUACCAGGGCCAGAGUCGGAAGUGUGAUAGAAUCGUCGGCGUCUGGCAAGUCGCUCCGCCAAACAAGUCAUUCCGACUCGGGCUCAUUGGGCGGCCGAGAUGGGUAACUGCUUCAAAGCCAUGAGCGGAGACAGCUUGUCCCUACUGCGAGAGCAGAGAGACUCCGUCGGUUCUCCUGGCGACAUUCUUGGUCCACCGCCACCAUACCAGCUGACUCAUCAAGAGGCUGUUCACAUGCCCCAAUUCCUCACGACCACUGCCUCCUCUAAUACAUCAGCGGUGGUGGGGACGCCAUCGAUGGCGGGUACUCCCCGCAGCACGCAAGAGGUGGAAGAGGAGAUCAAGCAUGCCCAACGACAAGGUUUCAUCCGGCAUUUGCCGAAGGGUCCAUUCGACGGGAAGGGUGGCAAAGAAUGUCCGAUAUGUAUGGGCGAACUGAAUGUCGGAGAUCUAGUCCGCUUCCUUCCGUGCUUACACUGUUAUCAUGUGGAGUGUAUCGAUGAUUGGCUGCAGAGAUCAUUGACUUGUCCCUCGUGUCUGGAGCCAGUGGACGCGGCCUUGCUGUCCUCGUAUCAGGCGCCUUGAUGGAAGUCGGGACCUCACGCGCGUUCCAAGAGGGUUCCUACCCUAUUCCUAUGCAGAGGAAGAAUGCUGAGAAGAGAUGGCAUCGAUUUCUCCGUAAGGCGAAUCGAGAAAAAUGCCAGUGAUGCCUGUUGCGAGCCACAGACGUUCUUGACAACAUUGCUAAGUAUUCCAAUCGCUUGGUAUUCAGAAUGAAUGAGCAAGGGCAGACGAGGAAGAAUCGAUCGAGUGACAAAUCUGGGGGCAGAAGUGAUAGUACGCUUCAUUCUGUGACUUCAGGUGUCCGCCAGUAGGUGAUAUUCCGGUUGGAAAUGCUUCGUUUUCUUAGUGAGGAUGACGUUGUUUUGGAUUCUUGUUUCAGUUUUUUUUUUUCAUGUUAAACAGAGAGCAUCGCUUUGUUCUUAUUCUUCGAUAUGAUUUUCGAGAUAGAGAGAUAGUGUCUUAUGUUGGGGAGAUUCAGGGUGAUCUUCCCCGAGAGCAGGGGAUGUGGAAUAUGCUACGAAAUCGUUUAUGAUUGUACGAAUGAAAUAUGUGGUCAAGGACUGUGAUCUGAGAAGUUCGUUCUCUUAGGAGUCAUGAGUGGAUGGUAGCGAAAGGGACAGACUUUUCCGCAGCGAGUAGAUCGUCUUGAUCUUCAACGUGCUGGUCGAUUGCAGACUACUGACGAGUCCGUUUCGGGAGGCUAUUUUUUUUUCUCGUCCAGGAAUUUCACUGUGAAGCCUCGUCGAGAACCUUUAGGCGAAUCCUACCUGCCACGAGUAUCGCGCAAAGCAAAUCGAAUUUCGAUAUCCUUGCCGACGAGAGCCGCGGGGUGGAAACAAUCGCCGAUGAUCUCU